UCCACUCCAGGACUAUGCCAAUCUGUGGCCAUGCUCCCACCAGCUGUUCGCCUCCUGCCCCUCCUACUGGUGAUAGGUACACGGGGUCCUGUGCCCAGCCUCCGGUCACCUCCCCAGGGCUGCUACGUGGCACAGGAAGCUGGUGAGAGGACAUUCCGCUGCAGCCAGGCAGGCUUGAGUGCUGUGCCCACGGGCAUCCCCAAUGACACCCGCAAGCUCUUCCUGGAUGCCAACCAGCUGUCAUCACUGCCAGCUGGUGCCUUCCAGCACCUGUCCAUCCUGGAAGAGCUGGAUCUGUCCCAUAAUGCCCUUGCCCACCUCUCAGGGGCUGCUUUCCAGGGUCUGGCAGGCACUCUACGCCACCUCGACCUCUCUGCCAACCAGUUGGCCUCGGUGCCUGUGGAGGCCUUUGUGGGGCUGCAGAUCCAAGUGAACCUGUCUGCCAACCCAUGGCGCUGUGACUGUGCCCUCCAGGAAGUGCUCAGGCAGGUGAGGCUGGCCUCAGGCACCGGGACAGGCAUCGUGUGCGGCCCAGGAGCCCGACCAGACCUUGUAGGGCAGGAGUUUCUGCUGCUGGCUGGGGAAAAAGAGCUGUGUGGGACAGGGCGGGGAGGGGCUCGGAGGAGCACUGACGUGGCCCUGCUGGUCACCAUGGGGGGCUGGCUGACACUGGUGGUGGCUUAUCUGGUCCACUAUGUGUGGCAGAACCAGGAUGAGACCCGGCGCCCUCUCAAAAGAGUCCCUGUGCUGCAAGUACGCUCUGAGGACUCCUCCACACUCAGCACGGUGGUCUGA